GGGAGCUGGGGUUAGGAGACAUGUCUAAAUCAAUAACCCCACCAAGCCCACACCUGCCGGUCUUCUUUAUCAGUUAUCGACUUUACUUGCCCACCAUUCUCCGCCAAAGACUUCCCAAAGCCGCAUUGAGAGAAGUGAGAGCCGGCCAGCUUCUCUAUACUGUCCCCUAAAUGGCCUGCUCAGCUGCCUUCACCACUCUCUUCUCCUCAAACCCUAGGGCUUUCUCUUCUAAACCCGUUGCUUCGAUCUCCAAUCCCUUCUCUCAAACCCUAACCAUCCCCACGUCCUUCACCGGCCUCCGUAAACCCCUCCAAUCCCAUGUCCCUCGCUCCAUUUCCCUCACUCGCGGCUCCCAUUCUCGACGGACCUUUUCCGUCAGGGCUUCUAUUGAGCUUCCAUUGGUUGGAAAUAAAGCACCAGAUUUUGAGGCCGAGGCUGUUUUCGAUCAGGAGUUCAUCAAGGUUACACUCUCCGAAUAUAUUGGGAAGAAAUAUGUGAUUCUCUUUUUCUACCCGUUGGAUUUCACAUUUGUUUGUCCCACUGAGAUCACUGCUUUCAGCGAUCGCCACGCUGAGUUUGAGCAGCUAAACACAGAAAUAUUGGGCGUAUCAACUGACAGUGUGUUCUCACACCUUGCAUGGGUCCAAACAGAUAGAAAGUCAGGUGGGCUUGGUGAUCUUAAGUAUCCCCUGAUUUCUGAUGUCACCAAAUCAAUCUCAAAAUCGUUUGGUGUGCUAAUCCCAGACCAGGGGAUCGCAUUGAGGGGACUUUUCAUCAUUGACAAGGAAGGAGUUAUACAACACUCCACCAUUAACAAUCUUGCCAUAGGCCGGAGUGUUGAUGAAACGAAAAGAACACUCCAGGCUUUGCAGUAUGUGCAGGAGAACCCAGACGAAGUUUGCCCUGCUGGAUGGAAGCCCGGAGAGAAGUCUAUGAAGCCAGACCCUAAGCUCAGCAAAGAGUACUUCGCAGCAAUAUAGAGUUGGGCUACCUUUUUAUGACCCCAGUUGCAUGUUUAUUUCAGUACGGGAGGUGUAAAGGAGUUUUAUACUCGUGUAACGUCUUAUUAGUUUUCGUGAAUUUUGAGCAGCAGUGUGUGGGAAUAAAUGCAGGACUUAACCUGUUUUCUGGAAAAUAUUGAUGUAGCUAAGCACAAUUGAUGCA